ACACACAAACAGCAACACAAACUAAACCCCAAAAACGGAGCCCAAGAAGAGCUGAAUCCGGCAAAACGUACGUUAAGUUGAACCCCAACAAACGGUGACAAUGGCCCCCAACGAUCCGCCGCAUCCUGGCAGUAAGAGAUCCGCAUCCACCAUGGCGAUGGUCGCCAGCCACAGCAUCUCGUAUGUGCAGUGCCAGAACCUCAAGUACAAUGUCCUCAUCCUCGGCUGGCUGGGCGUGAUCAUCUCCAGCGUCAUCCUGGGCAGCUCCGUGCUGACAAUCCACUUGCAGCCGGACAUCGAACUGCUGCUCAAGCAAUGGCCUAUGAACUUGGUUCCGGUUACAGAGCAGCAGGCCCUGAUUAAUUUGUUGACCAUCUUUAGCACUAUUGUUUAUGGAAUGUCGCUGAUCAACAUGGGAGUCAGUCUGCUGCUGCUAAUAGGUAUCGCCCGGGACUCUAGUUGUCUGAUGUACCCGUGGUUGAUCUAUCAUGGCGUUAUUUUUGGCUUUGGUCUUUAUUUGGGGGUUUUCUAUGCCACCGCAGGUCUGUUUAUUGACCUUUCGAGCUUUCUAAUGUGUCUUCUGGUGUUCACCCUUGUACUGGUUAUUUUUUACAAGAUCUACCACGAGGUCUUCACCCUAUUUCGAGUGAUGGAGCAGCAGUCCAAAAGUGGGGACAUGGGCGGGUUCUACUAUCAGGAUGCCGAGCAAGCGUGGACCGCGGCUGGGGUUCCCUAUCAGCAGGUCUACCUGCCCCGUCUGCCGAUCCAAAAGUAAAUUGCACAAUUCCGAAACAUCAAGACAAUUGCAACUACAACAGCAACGAGUAGAGAAAAAAAAGAUUUAAAUGACAUUUGGACUUUGUUUGCACGAUUAAUAAACGUUUGACAAGUUCGAAUUCA